AGCGGACUCUUUGCGUCUGCGUAGUGCGCUCACCUCCCUUUCUGCCUCCGCUGCCGCCAUGGCUCCUGUGAAAAAACUUGUUGCAAAGGGAGGCAAAAAAAAGAAGCAAGUUCUGAAGUUCACGCUUGAUUGUACCCACCCUGUAGAAGAUGGAAUCAUGGAUGCUGCUAAUUUUGAGCAGUUUUUGCAAGAGAGAAUCAAAGUGAAUGGGAAAGCCGGGAACCUUGGGGGAGGCGUGGUGACCAUUGAGAGAAGCAAGAGCAAGAUCACGGUCACCUCUGAGGUGCCAUUCUCCAAAAGGUAUUUGAAAUAUCUCACCAAAAAAUAUUUGAAGAAGAAUAAUCUACGAGAUUGGUUGCGCGUAGUUGCUAACAGCAAAGAGAGUUACGAAUUACGUUACUUCCAAAUUAACCAGGAUGAAGAAGAGGAAGAAGAUGAGGAUUAAAAUUCAUUUAUCUGAAAUUUUUUGUAUGAGUUCUUGAAUAAAACUUCGGAACCAAAAUGGUGGCUUAUCCUUGUAUCUCUGCAGUAUGGAUUGAACAGAAAAUUGGAAAUCAUAGUUAAAGGGUUUCCCUUGGGCUGCCACUUACUUAUUUGUAACUUGACUUGUUUUUUUUUUUCUGUUUGAAAAUUUCAGUUCUCUUGAAGUAGUGAUACCAAAAUAGAAGAAGGCGACUUUAAGGGAACUGACGCGCAUUGAGCAGGUAGAUGAGAUGUGGAGGUGUGAGCUUCAGUUAGUCUCUGUUUCAUCUGUAAAAAUGUGACGGUCAAUUUUAUCUGGUGCUUUUACAAAGAAUCAGGAAUUCAAGUGGGCUCUUCUCAUUCAUUAAAAGCAAACCAGGUAACUUCUAAGAUUCUCUUAUGGGAAGAAUGGCAGUGUCAAUAAAAUGCAGGUUUCUGGG